AUGGCCUCAGAGGCACCAUCGUUUGCACUGUCUCUUCUCAGAGGUGGAGUGGAAAGAGGAGCCAGGCAGCUUCCUCAGGUAGGGAAAGAGCAACGGGAGCAGGUAGGAGGGAAGAGGCACAGAUGGGACCAUCCCUCUGUGUUGAAUGGGGAUGAUGGGGAUCUAAGAGUAGCUCUGUCUUCUUCCUCCUCUUCUUCUUCGUCGUCUUCUUCCUCCUCUUCCAGGCCCUCUUGACCUUUGAGGAGGUGGCUGUGUUUUUCACGGAGUGGGCUCUGCUGGAUCCUGGCCAAAGAGCUCUGCACAAGGAAGUCAUGGAGGAGAAUUAUGAGAUGGUGGCCUCUUUAGGUGAGGGCACAUUUUUAUUCCUCUUGGCUGCUAGACGUUGGAGGUGUGAACCUGCUGUUUGAGCCAUUUAUUCAUGCCAUGUCUUCCUAUUUGGCGACCCCUCGUAGCCGAGUAAGAUUGUCUUCCAUGAACAUGAUCUUACCAGUGUGUCCGUAAGGGACUGUGGAGUUCAGUUCUGGAUCCACACAUCCUUCCACAGUGGGGACAUAGGUUUCUGAGGAGAUGUUAAUCACAGCGAGGGUUUGCCAAACGUGUUUUCCUCUUGGCUUGUUUCUCCCUUUUGGCCUGAGUUUGUGGUUCUUCAAAGUCCAUGAUGCCUUUGGUGAAGGUUAUUCUCCAAUUGGAGUGCUCGCUGGCCAGUGUUUCCCAAUUUUCUAUGCUUAUACUGCAUUUUUUUAGAUUUGCCUUGAGAGCAUUCUGAAACCUCAUUUUUGUCCUCCGGUAUUUCUCUUUCCAUUCUUAAGUUGGGAAUAGAGUAGUUGCUUUCAAAGACGAUAAUCAGGCAUCCGAACUUGAGGAUACUUGGCCAUCUUGUCUUGGCUUGAGGAUACUUAGAGUCCAACCACAUCUUGAGGGCCAUAGAUACCUAACCUCAGCACAGAAGAUUUCUCUUGGUGCUCAGUGUUACAUGGGAGUUGAAGGUAGAACUGGAUACUAAGGGUUCUUCAGGCUAUUUUUAGAUUUCCUUUCCUUUCCAGAAACUUUAGUACAUAGGAGAGGGAGGGAUGCUGGAAGUGUUAAAAUCAGAGAAGGUCUGAUUGGUCUUGCUGUGUGUUAAGUCCGCUGGUUCUCUUCCUUGAAGACCUAACAAUAUUUUAUUAUCUCCCACUUUAAACCAGGUGAUGGAGGAGGCAAUCAGAAUUUUGAGGGGCCAUCUGUAAAGUACUUCAGCAUGAGUGAACACCUUAGCACACAUCUACAAACUAACACAGGGAGAAACACUUUAAAUGCAUGGAGAGUGGAAAGAGCUUCAUUAAAAAUGGAAACUUCACUAGACAUCAACGAAUUCACACAGGGGAUAAACCAUUUAAAUGCAUGGAGUGUGGGAAAAGUUUUGCUUAUAGUAGCAGCCUUAGAACUCAUCAGCUAA